AUGCAGCAUAUCGUGACAAGCGUCAUUGUUUUAGUCGUUCUAUUUCAAUCACAUUGUCAAGAUCAAAAUUGGAUCAUUCACCCAGCAUCACUAAAUGAUGUCAAAGUAGUUAAUUCAACUACACUUAACAUUAGCUGGAUAUAUCAUGAUGAAAGUGAACCAUCUCUCGUACGAUUAACAAUUGAUUUAUAUAAUUUAGCUUCAUCUCAUAAAAACGUUGAAUAUCAAUAUGUGUUCGCGAUGAAUGGUACAGAUCGUCGUAAUUAUAGCUCAAUCGUACUUAAUCAUUCACUAAAACCAAAUACAUAUUAUUCGGUUUGUUUUGAAGCAUAUCAAAUAUAUCACUCAAAUGCUUCAAGCACUACUAAAACUUGUCGAGUAACAAAAACUGUUUUACCAACUGUAAUUCCUACUGAACAAAAAGAAAUUGUUACGGAUUCCAAUUCAGUUACAGUUUCAUUAUUAUGGCCACGUGAACUUCCUUAUACAACCUACCAAAUGAAUGUACAACUCAAUGGAAGAAAUACCUCACUACCUAUCAGUAAUCAAACAUCAAAUAUAACUUUUCUAAUACAAAGCUUCCAAUUUAAUAACUUAUCAUCAUCGCAAGAAUAUCGAAUAAAAUCAACUUUUGAAUAUUGGAUUGAUGAUAUACCAUUAACAAAAAAUACACUCACCAUAGAAGAGAUAGUUAGGACCCGUGCACCAACAGGUGGCAAUAAUUUGGCAACAAAAGAACAAUUAAAUACAAACGUAAUGAUAUUUGUACUUUUAAAUUUAGUACUCUUUUUUAUACAUUUUGUUAUCUAA